AUGUCAAUGAUCUCAAUUUCUAUGGAGCCUGCUCUGAGAAACCUACUGUGCACAGCCUCGGAGAAAGCAGCAGAGAAGGAGCCUCUAGAGCUGUUGCGUCUACUUAAUGGGCGGGAAGGCGGCGGGCUGCUUAACGGAGGGGGACUGUUGAGUGCGCUGACAGUCGGAUAG